AUGGCCUCUUCCAAGGAAAUCCAAACGUCUACGAGGCCAUUGACCCAACACCGCCAAUCCAUCUCUUCGGGCUCCGCGUCUUCCUUGGGCGCUACGAGGCCAUUUUCUCACUCACGCAACAAUUCCCAUACCUACUCCGCUUUGUCCGGCGCCCUGAACGCCACCCACCGCGUAACACGUCGGAAGAGCAUGACGAACAAUACUACCAACGUUGCAGCUGUCGCAGCUGCUCUUGAAGAAGCUGGCGAUAUGGUCGGUCCCCUGCCCAUUGCUGUCAAUUCCCGACGCGGCACCAUGUCCAAGUCCGCUGCCGCUCGAUCCACUAUCAUAGGCAGCUUGCCUUCACCACCCGCUAGCCUGCCCACACACCGAUUCUCCUUGAACAUGAAUCCCGAAGGUCCAGAGAACGCCAUUGACGAUUCCUCGAACGAGAUGUCGGCGGAUGAAGGGGAGAUGGGGCCCCACGGGGCUCGCAUUAGGCGAGCGAGCGAUGGCCAGCCUCUGACAAAGGAGGGUAGAAAAAGCAAUCGUGUUGAACUUCGCUGCGACAAGUGUGGAAAAGGAUACAAGCAUAGCAGUUGCUUGACUAAGCAUUUGUGGGAACAUACUCCCGAGUGGUCCCUCACAUCCAAGCUGCUUAUAUCCAAGCACCAACAAGUUCAACUGCUCGAAGCGGCGUCGGUUCUCGUUGCCAUGAACACGGACGCAACUACACCUCCAGAUUCAGCUAAGGACUUCGCCAGCGAUCCCGAGUCGGCAUCUCCCACCGCUUCAGGCUACUCAGAACUCCAUAAUGGUCAUAGUUCAGCUGAUACCACACCCCCGCCGCAACCAGAAGGGUUUGGGUCUUUGAACAUGCUUGGCUAUCGUACAGCGCAUAAGAGGAACAGUAAUGGAAGCGGGGUCUCGCGAUCUUUCCAGUCCGCUGCGUCAGGAUCAUUCUUCCCAGGUAGCGUACCGAACGGGAACGGGUUUGUGUUCAGCCACGCUCGACACUCAAGCUCGGACCAUCGUCCUUCAUCUUCCGGCAUGAACAGCACCGGCCAAGAUGACCGUGAUCUUGCAGCUGCUGUUGAGCUGCUCAGUUGCAGUUUCAACAGUAACGGAGGUGCGCGAGAUGCAAGGUUGCCGCAGGAUGCUCCCCCCGUACCACCACUACCUGCCCAAUACCUCGACCAUGCUGCCUUUACUAGCACGAGCUUUAUAAAUAGCUUCCCGUCAGGGCAGAUGCCAGAGAGCUUUACUCGGGGUGAGCUGCGGCAGACCGCUGAUGUGAAGAUGGAAGAUAGCGAAAGUAGUAUCAUGGAUGAGGAUGAAGUUGAUCGACAGUCUAGGGCACGCAGCAGCGAGGAGGACGAUGAAAUGAUGUUUGGCCUUAUGGAGGACUGA